GUUUUGUUUACCAUCAGGAGUCGCGUGUGUGUAUAGAGCCAGUACUUAUACACCUGUUUCUCUAUAAAUACGUGUUUAUACUUACGUUUACUUAUACAGGUGUAUUGUAUCGUGAAGCUAACGUCAUGCUAACGUUUAGUUAAUCCUUCCUGGAGCGAACAGUAGCCAAGCUAGCUGUUAGCGCCUGAGCUAGUUCUCUGUGCUAACAUGAGAAGUUAGCUUAAUGUCUCUGUGGUUGUUAUUAAUACACAUCUCGUGUUAGCCAUGAGGUCUUUGAACUACGUGCAGAGGGUCAGUCUGGAUUUCACCGGGACCCUGUUUCCUCACGCCAUCUGUCUGGGGGACGCGGACAACGACUCGCUGAACGAGCUGGUUGUGGGAGACACCAGUGGGAAGCUGCUUGUGUAUAAGAACGAUGACCCCAAACCCUGGGUCACACGCUCCUGUGUGGGGAUGCUGACAUGUGUCGCGGUUGGAGACGUCUGCAACAAAGGGAAAAACCUGGUGGUGGCCGUGGGCGCCGAGGGCUGGUUCCACCUCUUCGACCUGACCGCUGCCGCUGCCAACAAAUCCGAUUCCUCGAGCCAGCACGAGUCGCUGUGCUCCGACGACCAGCGGCCCUUCUUCACCCAGCACAUUCCUGCCAACACCAAAGUCAUCCUCAUCAGGGAUAUCGAUGGGGACGGACGCUAUGAGCUGGUGGUGGGCUACACAGACCGGGUGGUGCGAGCUUUCCGCUGGGAGGAGCCAUCCGAGGGUUCGGACCUGGGAACGGGUCAGCUGGUUCUGCUGAAGAAAUGGCUUCUGGAGGGGCAGGUGGACAGUCUCACUGUGAAUCCAGGUCCGGAGGGUUUACCAGAGCUGAUGGUGUCUCAGCCCGGCUGCGGCUACGCCAUCCUGCUGUGCUCCUGGACACAACAAGACUCCUCCGGCUCUGGAGAUGAUGCUUCUGCCACCCCUGGGAGUGAGGGGCCUUCCAGAGACAUAGUUCUACAUCUGACCACCGGGCGGAUUCACAACAAGAACGUUUCCACUCACCUCAUCGGCAGCAUCAGCAAAGGUUCUAAAGAGGAAUCUUCUAAAUGUGGACUCUUCGCUCUCUGUACUUUAGAUGGAACCCUGAAGCUGAUGGACAGCUCGGAGCAGCUGCUGUGGUCGGUGCAGGUGGAUCAUCAGCUCUUCGCUCUGCAGAAGCUCGACGUUACUGGUGACGGCAGAGAGGAGGUGGUGGCGUGCGCCUGGGACGGUCAGACCUACAUCAUCGACCACAAUCGCUCGGUCGUCCGGUUCCAGUUCGAUGAGAAUGUCAACGCCUUCUGUGCCGGUCAGUACACGUGUAAGGAAGGUAAAAACAGCCCCUGCCUCGUAUACGUGAGCUUCAACAACAAGAUCUACAUCUACUGGAAGGUGGAGCUGGAGCGGAUGGAGUCCACUAACCUGCUGCGGGUGCUCGAGGAGAAACCGGAGUUUAAACAGCACAUGACGGCGCUGGGAGUCGACGCUGAGGACCCGGCGGCGGUGAGAGCACUGGUGGCCGAUAUUCUCUAUAAGGACUCAAAGACGUAGCACAGUGGCUCAUCAACACACUGUCUGUCCUCCUCCCUCACUGUAAAUACUCUCUGAAUAAACCCUCUGUCUCCA